AAUUCGUCCAAUCAGCAUUUUAUUUCAGAGAUAUUAUAAAAACACUCAGCUCACUUACAAUAUCAUAAUCUACCCAACAAGUUUAUUGUUAGUUGUCAGUUAAGUUAGUUAGGAAGGAUUAUUAGUGGUGUGUAAAAAUAAUUAAGUAAGAAUGGGAAAUGCCUUUUUCACUAAACUAAAAGCCAUACCAUCUGUGGCCUCUUCACUGAAACUCUUUGAAGAUUUUUAUGAUCAACAAAAGUAUAAAAGUCGCCUAACUGAGUUGAUGUUCAGUGGGGCUGAGCUGUGGUUUCUCAUUGCCAAAUCUUUCAUCGUUCCUAUUUUUGCUCAAUUUGAAAAAAGAGUAUUCAAUGUGGAUGAUUUGGCUUGCAGAUGGCUCGAUUAUCACCAAGAAAAGGGUUUAUUUAAUUUCCAUGUCAACAUAACUCAGAUAUAUCAGUAUGCCUGUACUCGAGGCUGUCACCUCUAUUCUAUCAUGGCCGCCAAUCUGACCAACAGAAUUCAUCCAUUUCGUUGGAUCACUUCCGUCACCUCUGUAAAUAACAACAACAAUAACAACAACAACAAUAAUAAUAACAAUAUUAAUGAUAAUGAUGGCAUUAGCAAUAGUAUCAGUAUCAACACCAAUUAUGGUAUUAUUAAUAGUCAUAAUAAUGACAACAACAACAAUCAUAAUAACAACGAUAAUAACAACAAUAAUAAUAAUAAAAAUAAUGAUAAUGGUGCUUCAAAUUUUCAGUCCAUAAAUAAAGACUUUGCAGAUGCAAAAGGCCAAAGAGAUAACAACAACGACAAUAAUAAUAUUAAUAAUAAUAAUAAUAGUAUUAGCAACAUCAACACAAACAAAAAUUUGUUAUGGAAAGCCUUGACCUUGAACUCUGACCUAAUUAAAAAGUGCGUCAGAUUUUUGUUCAGUUUUCCAACAAUUUCCGCCAGUCUGUCCGUCUGCUUUGAAGGAUAUAACAAAUUUCUAUCCUCUGCCUUCAUUCUCGCUACCUACUGUUACUCAUUAUACAGGCAAGCCUGGUCAGCCGUUCUAUCAGAUGCCGUCCUAUAUUUCCCGUCAUCCUUAAUUGUGCCUUACAACAGUAUCGACAUCUGGUUCAACGACCCACACGAGUCUGACCUUGUCGUCGGCUACCUCGGCUACGUCCCCAUUCACCCCGACGACCUCAUUAACCUCUGGGCUCGACCAAUCAGAAUUUAUCAAAAGCGGAGUUAUGGGUGAUUGGCGUCAGCCAAUCAGAUUGUUCGAAUUUUUUUCGUUUUUUUUUUCAUCUUAUUUGAGUUUGCGAUGCUUGGUCGGUUGGUUGAUUGACGGAUUGAAUGAAUGAAUGAUGAAUGAAUGAAUGAAUGAUAGAUUGAUAUCGUUUUGACUUGGUUCUAUGCCGUAUCUAGAUUUUUUUUUGAUCAAAUUUGAAGUGGUUGCUAAAUGAACGAACUGCACCGACACCAUCAUCUUUAUCUUCAAUUUAAUCUCAUUGCCAUUGCACACGAGCACACACA